CGUAAUUUGACGCUGCGUCGUGUUUAAUUUUAUUACGAUUCCGUUCGUCGCCGCAUAGCGUACAUUACCCAUAUUUAAAAUUUGUUUUCGGCGGUCCAAAUUGUUAAAUAAAUUGUAAUCAUUACUUAUCAUAAAUUGUUUUGUUAUCUAUAUUAGAACAAAAUUCACAUUUAAACCUUUGAUUGGAUAUAAACUGUGCGAUAUCGUUAACUAAUGCAUAGUUAUCGUUAUUUUUUUUUUCUACAACAAAAAAAAAAUCUAAUCAGAAGUUUCAUUGUGUCGUGUACCAUAGUGUGAUUUGGUGAUACCGCGGUUUCAGGGGGUGGAUAAUCGACUUUGGAUUUGAAUCUUAAAGUGCUUCUAAUAAGACUGACAUGUCAACCCGCAGCGGCGCUAGCGCGCUCCGGGCCCGGCGCGGUCACAAGGAGCGCUCCAAGAACUUCACCGAGCUGGAGAAGCGGACGGUGCUGGAGCUGAUCGCCAGGCACCGCGACGUGCUCCGCCAGGGUCGCUCCAACAACGCCACCAACCGGAGCAAGCAGCUGGUGUGGUCGACCAUAUGCGAGGAGGUGAACAAGCGGUGCGGCGGCGAGCGGCCGCGGACCCCGGCGCAGGUCAAGAUGUGGUAUGAAAACUACAAGAAGAAAUGCAAGAUGCGCGCUCACGAUGUACAGCAACCACAGCCCGACCCGCAGAAUCUGCUGGACGGCAUGCUCUGGCAGAACGUUCAUCCUCUGGACGUCAAAGAUGAGGAUGGGGAGCCGGCUGCCAGCGCGGAAGGUCCUCAUAGCAUUAAAGAUGAAGACUGUGUACCGGUUAACAUGUCAAACGGCCGAUUAUCAAGCACGAACGACAGCGACGACACGAUGCCAAACGUACUUGAGCCCCAGGUGCAAAUCAUCCCCCAUUCACCCCCCACGCCCCCCGCCCACAAACCGCACAACCCCCUUAACCCGCACAUAGUCCUAGCGAACCCCCUACACGCAAUAGAACAAGCGCGCAUACAACAAAACCUAAUCCACAAACUAACAGAGAUUUCUAAUACUCCAUUAAAUUUAAGCCACUUGGACGACGAUAGACGAAAGAAUGGACACGAAAGAACGAAAGAGAAGCAAGACGAGCAAAUUAAACACGACAGCGGAACGGCAACAGAGGAGGAGAGGUUGUAUUUCAGUGCCAAACGGCAACACGCGAUAUGGGAGCACGAGGCCAAAAUGAAAAUCUUAAACAUGGAGCUGAGACAGAAGGAGGAAAUAUUUUCAUUGCAAAAACAACUCUUUCUCAUCGAGUUAAAGUUGAAAAUGGAGUUUUUGGAAAAGGCUGGCUUGAAAUGAGGGUAAGUAGCGGCGACGUCGGACGACUGGACCCUAAAGUUGUUGUCUGUGACAUAUCUUUUUGUUUUCUAUUGUUUUUUUUUUUUACGAAGUCGUCUUCCAGUAUUCGUCUUAAAUUGAAAUUGUCCGGUUGACCGACCGCGCGAAAUAGUCAUAGAGUGCCAUGGUUAUUGUGUAAUUAUUGUUAAAAAAAAAAAAAUUUUGUCUAUGAAAUAUUUUUAAAUUACACCACCGAACGGUGAUAAUCAUCUUUGCCUUUUAAAAAGUAUGACGGGUUAGUCUAUGGUCUGAUGAGUACAGGUACAAAGUUGUUCGCGGCGAACAAUAUAAGUAUUAGUAUUGUACCAAAAUGGGUUUCGAAAUGUGAUUGUAAUAAUAAUAUUUUUUUAAAAAGUUAUUUUCAUAGCUUAUUUUGUAUGUUAAUUUUUUUUUUUAGUUGUAGCAACUUUUUAACAAAGGUUGGCCAUUGAGGGAUGUACAGACAAUACUGAGAAUUUUUUUAAACAAGAUCAUAAUGUUCGAUUUUUAAAACACUUCAAUGCUAACCGAUUAAUUUUUUUUCACUGCUCGAAGCAGCGACAUUAAUGUUUGUAGUAUUACAUUAUAAUGGCAGCUGUCGCAUAAUUUAUCGCAUAAUUUGUUAAUAUAAAAUAAAAACUGCCAAAUUGUAAUAUUGUUAUAUUUUUAAUGUUUUUAGUACUUAGUUCAAGUCGGAGGACUUUAGAAUUUAUGAAUACCCAAUUUUUUGGGGGUCAACGUACUUUUGACAGCGCGUGGCAAAAAAAAAAUAUAACCUAGUCUUAUCAAAUAUAUAAUUAUAUGGGCAAGUUAUAGUUUUAUAUUGCAGGAAAUGUAGGAGUUUGCACGUUUUAACCAGUAUUUUUCUACAAAUUGACUGAUCAACAGUAAAAUUGCUUAGCAAAUAAUUUAUUAUUACUUAUCUACUUAUCGUUUGGUGAGAUUAUUACAAAAUUGAAACCGCAUACAAAAUGACCUCACAUGGGAAUAAUAUUUUUAUAUUAAAAAUAUUAGAUAGAUAAAUAUGUUAAAGGUUAAAAUAUUUGUUUAGUUUAAUGGCGUUAGAUUUUUAUAUCCAGUGAUAUAAAUGUUCGUAACGCAAUGUGUCUUGGUCGUUUUGCGGUUUGGUAUUAAAAAAAAAUUUUUUUUUUUUUUUUUAAAGAUUAAGGAAAAUUUAACGGCGUCAUAUAAUUAUAUAUUACAGUCAGUGCCAAUAAAGAGAAACCAUUGUUGAUGUAAUUAUAAAUAAAUAUGAUGAUAUAUGUUAGUUAUUUACAUAUAUAAGUUUUACAUUAGAAUGCGAAAAAUACGUAAGUUAGACAUAUACGGAAAAAUAAAUUCGACACAAUAUGAUAUUAUUAGGGUAUAUAAAGAUGAAAUAUAUACAGUACAAACGGAUAAAUAACGAGAUAUAAUAAAUAUUACCUCAGAACAUACAAACAUACAGUGUAUUGUAAAUAUAUAAGCAGUAGUUGUAACUUUUUAGAAAACAUUUUUAUAUGAGGGCGUCUUACACCUUCUUUUAUGUUGUUUUUGUGUCAAAACGUUGCCAGUGACAUUAUAUUAAAAACGAGAGGAAAAUUUAAUUUUCGAACAAAUUUCUUUGUCCUUCACAUUACCCAGUCCGCGAUGCUCAAUUUUGAACCUGGCAACAUUACAAUGUAAGAAAAUUUUAUGGCAAUACUGUUAAACCAUUUUAAAUAGCGAUUUACUAUAUGUGAUGUAUUUACGAUCUCAAUACAAGUUAAUUUUUAACUCUGGUAACUCUACUUCAGUAUGUAACGUAAAUUAAAUAUAUAAUAUAUAUGUAUACUAAUUUUUAUUCGGUGAUCACUUAAGUUAAUCUAAUUAAAUUGGAUAUUAUUGAAAUUAAAUAAAGAAUUUAUUUUCUGUU